GCAAUCUACUCUGGAUUCCUGCUAGUCCUGAACUUGGACAUCGUGGUCUCAACCGCAGACCGGUAUGCCCAAACGCUCGGUGCAGACGAGGCAUUCAGUGGGCUUGUCAUUGCCCUCACGCCGCUCUUCCAGGGUCUAAUUGGAAUCCCAUUAAAUUACUGGAUGCUUCAGUCAGGGGCGUCUGUGAAGACCUUGCUGAUCCUCAUGGCCUCAGGCAGCAUCCUGGGAAACAUCGUCUAUGCCUUGGCCGGACUCAUGCGCUCCAAGUUUGCCAUUCUCAUAGCGCGCACCCUCAUCGGGAUUUGCCAGUGCCAGCUCGGCGGGCCAAUCUACAUCGCGAAAGCCGUGGGCGUCAAGAAGAGGACGAAGAUCAUGUUUGUUUUCUCCGCCGUCGCGACCUUCGCUUUGACAGCGGCGCCGCUUUUGUCUGCGCUGCUGGAGACCUUCGUCAAGGAGCUGAGGAUCGAAAAUUUGGUAGUGGACUCGGACACCAUUCCAGGCUGGUUCAUGGCUCUGGUCUACUACCUCUUCCUGCUGAAGGUCGUUUUCUUCUUUGAGAAUCCAGACUCGCCAAAGCUAGCUGAGACAAGUGCUGAGUCCCAAAAAGCGUCCGGUGAGUCGAUGUGGACAACUGGCUUCUUCUUAUGCAUGACGGCAGGCUUUACAAGCACAAUGACGAACUCAGUUGGCAUUGUCUACUUCGUGAAGCUUGCACAGCAUACCUGGGGCUGGAGCGUGCCCGACACCGCUUUGGUCCUUGCAGGCCUAAUGUUCGUCGUAUGCCUGCUGUCCCUGGUGAGCAGCCGCCUUUCGAAACUCGUGGAAGACAGGAAGGGCCUGCAGUUGAGCACGCUCUGUGCUGCCGGCUGCUCGCUUCUCACCUUCCAGUUCACAGAGUGGUCUGCAGCUGCCAUCGCGCUCACCUUCAGCGGCUUGCUGCUGCUCCUGUCCGCGAGCUCUGUGGUAAAGAACUAUGCAUAUGCGCUGGCGCCGAAGAUUGUAGCACCAAUUUUCAAAGAUCGGGCUGGCACUCUGAAUAUGCUGGCCCUAACUUUUGGUCGAGCUGUUGGGGCGCAAAUUGGGGUGCUCCUCGACUCCUAUUCUUUUGGAGCCUUUUUGCUUGGCACCUACUCUUUGCUGUUUUCGCUCAUUUCUGUGUUUGGCUCCGGCAUGAGGCAGCAUGCCAAAGCCAUUUGA